AUGGCCCUCCCAAGCCUGUCUCCCGCCCAUGAGCAGGCACUGCGACUCAUUGAUGAGGCUCAUUCCGAAGACCCAAACAAGGUCGACGGGCCAAACGGGCCCAAGACAGUGCCGUAUGAGCUACACUACGCGCAAAAAAUGACGAGGUGGCUCCAGUCUCGAUGCCCAGAAGCCUCACCAGCCCUCCAGCUUGCCUGCAGGGCGCAGCACUUCCGACGAUGGGAACUCCCUCGAUCUGCCUUCCCCAUGACGCGCCCGGGCUACCUGACAUGGCGGGCCAAACAGAAAUCCCAAGCCGCCUCUCGCGUCUCGGCGCUCCUCUCCUCGCCAGCCAUCCAGCCCGCCCUCCCAGCCGACGAGUGUGAGCGAGUCGCGGCGCUGGUGCGAAAGGACGGCCUGUCCACCGACGGCGAGACCCAGGUCCUCGAGGAUGUCGCAUGCCUAGUGUUCCUCGACGACCAGUUCGACGACUUUGAAGCCAAGGCGGAGAUGGACGAGGACAAGAUGGUGGGCAUUCUGAGGAAGACCUGGGGCAAGAUGACGGACGAGGGAAAGAAGCUGGCGUUGGCUAUGGACCUCAGCGAGAGGGCAAAGGUGCUCAUUGCGAAAGCUCUAGAGGCUUCGUAG